GAAUUUUCGAACUAUUUGGAGGUUAUGGACAAAACGUAUUGGCAUUACCUUUUGGUCCUGUCGGCACUUUUACGUAAAAUUUAGUUAAAUUUGUCGUUCCUAGUAGAAGUGAAUCGUAUUUUCACUACGUUAGUCGCGAUUAAUCGUCAAAAUUCGGCUGUGAAAUGAAUACUUGAUACAAUAACCACAUAAUCCGCGUGCACUUGAUCCAUCGCAAUGGAUAUCUCAUCGCCUAUGGACUGUAAUAGUCAAAUAGCAACAAAUUUCGACAUGGAAAUACUAACAUCCAUGACGAACACGGACCUGCUUGUACGCCUUAUAAAGGAUCAAGAAGCGGAGACUGUCGUGCUGAAAAAUCAACUUUCAUCGUUGAAUUCGUCGGCCUUGCAAAUGAAAAAUUGCUACACUUCGGAGAGGACGAAAAAACGAUCACAUUGAGAAGGAAAAUCGGCAGCUGCUGAUGCAAAUAAAAACUUUGGAGGAAAAUAUUUCGCAGUUGGAGAAUAAUUUGCUCAACGACGCAGCCCUUCAUAAACAGAAAACAGCAGGUUUGGAAAAUAGCCUGGCCAGUGCCUACAGACAUCUAAUGAUCCAAAGAAACGUUCUGAAAGCCAAUCAUUUAAGCAUUAAAGAUCCGCAUCAGCAUUACAACAAUGCGAAGGAGUUUCUUACGAAACGUGGUGAAGUUGUCGUUGAAGACAUCAAGGAUGUGAAAGUUAUCAGCAAGAAACAGAAAGCGGUAAACGCGUCUACCAUGACUGACCAAUGUGAUAGUUUAAAACCGAAAGAAGUUAAGCAAUUUUGCGACAAAGCAACGAUGCACUGUCCAAUGGUGUCGACCGCUACGCGUGGAACAACCACUUCUACGUUCAUUAAACAAGCGGAUGCAGCUACCAAUUUCCCAGAGCCGAUGACCAUCGACGUUGAUGAGAUUUUCCGCAUAAUGAUCGAUGAUAUGCCACCAGCAAUAACGCCUAUUGAAGAUCUACCAUCUAAAACACAAUGCACGCAAACCGAGCCACCAGCUCAGUUGAAUGUUGGAACAAUAACCAGAAUUAAGAAUAUUCGACGGAAAAUUAAUUGUGCCAGCGAGUAUACUCAACCAUUGUCAGCAUCGAGUCCUCUAUGUCGAGUGAAAAGGAAAAGGACGACAGUAUUCCGGAUCUUCUAAAUUUGGAUUAUUCUGGCAAUGGUUCACCGAUCAACCAACAGCUGACCAAAUUGUGGCAAAUGGUCGGUCAAAUGAUCUUUGGAAUCAUCGGAAGUGGCGAGGUGUUCAAUCAUUCAAACAAUAUUAGUUUGAUCAACGAUAAUUUGAAUCAAAUUCGAAGAGUCAUUGAGAUGGAGUCACAACCAGAAACACAAUUUCACAGCUUCGUGGACGAACAACGUACGAGCGAAGAUUUUAACAUUGCGACUGCUGUAGCAGGAUCUGGCAUCGGUAAUAGUGUCAGACAACACAAUGCUUUGGAUCCCGUUAGUAGCUCACAAAACCCACCUCAUAAUCAACUAUCCUCCAAACAAAUACAAACAGAUGCGACACAAACAAAGCCCACCUCGCCACGCACUAAUACUCACGAUUAUUCGACGCACAGAGGGGCACUCUCCAUUGACUCAUUUACCCAAUGUCAAACGGAAAGUAUUUUCAAAAAACCAGCUUCAAAAACUAAACGAAAACUGGCAACGGAUGAUUGCACAAUUAGAAAGCGUAUUUGUCAGAGAAAAAUGACUCCUACACGAAGAUCCAGUCAAAUGGAUGACUCGAAACCGAAGAGUUCCAUUCAACAUAAAGACUCUUCCUGUGUUUUCGAAGCAGCGAGUACAUCAAAUGAUCGCGUCAAACAGUCAACAUCUCCCAUCGACGAACCUGACGCGUCACUGGUGGAAAAUAUUCUUCGCUUCUUCAAGAUGCCAAACUUUAUUGAACCGAUCACAGACCCACCACAUAUACUGGAAGCGAUUAACAGACUUAGUAAGGCUGAAAAAAGCACCAAAAAUAUUCAUAUCCCGGAAGUAACGGACUUUCCGGCCAUUGUUCCGACAACUGUUGACUCUGAAUCAAAAGACUCGAUGUCGGUCGCCUUGCCAACUCACUCCCAGUCAGACGAUUUAAAGUCACCAGAUGUAUCAAUGGAAUUGUCAACAUACGACGAAUUUGAAUCUCCAGCUUCCCCGCCGCCAUCCACAACGACAUCGUACCAAGCACCGAUUAUUAUCCCCACAUCGCCAAAGAAAUUGAACAGUUUAGUCGUCGAAGGCAUACUAGCUAAUUUCGACAAGAAUAAAAGAACGUCACUGAGACAGCGAAAGCUUAAAGUACCCACAGUAGAAGAGGAACAAAUAAUAACCUCAACACGAAGUAGAAUCGAACAAUACGUAGUGGCGGAGUGGAAUGGGAACGAAAUCGAUACAUGUUGCAAAGACUUAUCAACCGUACGUCCAAGUGUUCUAUCAAAGUGUAUUCUUGAAGUUGUAACCAAUACGAACAGCGAACCUUUAUCCAAAGAAUUUACGCCACCAGCUCCAUCAUUACCGAGAACUCAUCAGAAAAUUGUCGUCCUGAUCAAACGCAUCAGUCGGACUGUGAACGGAUUCGAGGAUUUAGUGCUGUUUCAAUUAGAGAAAACAAUGUUUGUUUUGGGAGAUGAACAAGUAACCAUAGCCGGGGGGUUGAACCUUACGCAUUUGUUUAUCGGAUUGACUGCCUGCGCGGACGCAGAAUCGAAUGGAUCAUGCGUUUUGUUCGUCUACAAAUGCUUGUACUACUUCUCCAUAAAGGCGAUACCGAUGAUUUAUUCAGUAUUAAUGGCAUAUCCGACUAUAUUACCAAAGUUCGAUGAUGGUGAAAAGGUUGCCGAUUUCCUUAGGAAUACUACAAACAUCUUGCAGGCCACAUUUGUUAUUAUUUUGAUCAACACAAAUUUAAGCGAGUCAAAUCUUAUCGACUCCGGCAACUCAUUGAGAAAGAGAGACCUGUCGACGUAUCUGAAAACGUACUACCACUAUCCCUGUAUGAGACCCACAAUCGACGAUUUUGUGGAUAUUCUAUUAGAUCGACUAACGAAUAGCUGUAAUUUAGGCAACAUUCCAUAUUCGCUAAUUUUGAUAGCGAAACGGAAUGGUACAGUGUGGGCGGACCAUAUGGUGCAACGGAAGCUGUUGCCAAAACUUAAUCAAUUUCUAUCAACCAUAUCGGAUGGAACUGCAAACGAUGAACGUAUAGCAGUUCUGGUAUCUGCGAUAUCAUCAAUCAUCAAAACUUAUCCAAUCACCAAAGAUAUCUCCGGUUAUCAGCAAUUAUUUCAUAAAAUUCUGGAUUCCACAACGAGACAAACAAUUCAGGAAGAGGCUGUGAUGGCUCUACUGCGAACUAGUCGAUUCGGCAUGGUUGAUGUUUAUAAACAAAUUUGUGAUUGGCGGCCACAAACCGCAGUGCGCAGACAAUGCUAUUUGAUGUUAAAUACAUUUCUGUACCGUCAGAAUUUGAGUUAUUGGCAGAAUUUUUAAUUCAUGCUGUGAUGUUAAGGAAUGAAGAUUGUGAUUGAUGAUUCAUUGGUCGACAUCGACGAAUCUCUGUUAGUGCGCAACUCAUUCAAAGCAAGACCACUAAUUUGCGAUUACCUACGCCAACGAGAAACUCAACUUCAGGUGGACGUUUACUGCGGCAGCAUCGAUACUCAACAUGAUUGUCUUCUCAACACAGACGUUGUAAUUGGUAUUGAAAUAAUCGAACAUCUUUACCCGGAAACCAUCGAAAAUGUACCCUACAAUAUUUUCGGCUUCAUGAAACCAAAAGUUGCCCUGUUCACGACUCCCAAUUCAGAGUGCAAUGUUCUGUUCAAUAUGACAGAAAAAUUUCGCCACGACGACCACAAAUUUGAAUGGACGCGUGAGCAAUUCGAAGACUGGGCCUACAACAUAUGUACACGAUUUCCAGAUUAUAAAGUUGCUUUUUACGGCAUUGGUCCUGGACCUGACGGCACUGAACAUCUGGGAUGUUGCAGUCAAAUGGCCUUAUUUGUUCGUUGCGAUUUUUACGACCUAACGUCGAAUGGCUGUGGUGACACCACAGCUGAGGGAUUUUCCUAUAACAGCAACCAGCUUGACCUGCCACAAGUUAUGAAAAUUCAAAGCGAAUCGGUUUUAACAGAACAUGUCAUCAUUAAUAAAGAAAGUGCAUCAGAAAAAUCUACUACAGAUGAUAUCAACCGCUCUAUAAGUGAUGAAGUCGAAGAAAUGAUUGUUGACAUGGCCACAACACAUAUCGAUAUGGAAAGUUACAGAUUGGUCACUACUUGCAUUUAUCCAAAGAAUAUGGACGACAGAUCUCAGGAGCAGAAGAUUUUCGAUGAAGCCUGUUUCCAUCUCAGUCGCUAUAUGAACUUGAAUGAUGAUCACUAUGAUGCCGACAACGAUAUUAUAAAAGUUCCUGUCAAGCGAAUAUUCGAAUUGGUAUACAAAUUUACUUCGGAUAUAAACGAGUUCAGAUACGUUAUGCGUAAAAAUAACUACACAAUCGACGAGGAUGAUGUCUUUCUCAUUAAACCGAUGGACACGGAAAGUGACGAAGAAGACGACAUGCCCGCCAAUUGUGUUGAUGCGCUUCCACGCCAAGUAGCAUCGUCAGAUGAAGAUUGGGAUUAAGUUUUUAUAUUUUGUACUGUUAUACUAUACAUUUUGAGGAAUAUUGAACAAACUUACGUGGAAAAUAAAUAUUUUGGUCACUUUUCA